UUUCCAACGCGAGGCAUAAAUACGGGAGAGGGAAGGGGAAACCCGACGCGACACGUCUCCUCGAUUCCGCUGGUUUUUUAAGUUUGGUGAAACUCGAUCGCUUAGGUUAAACCUCGGUAGCUGUUGGGUGCGAGGUUGGCCAUCGAUCAUCUCUCGCUGGAUCACGCCACUUUUUCGCAUGCAAAGCGUAGGAUUUCUCUCUUUGUUUUUAGGAUUUCUUGGUGGUUGCGAGCCGCUUACCUGAACCCAGAACCCCCCAGUUGCCGGUCAAGCCAAACCCUGCCCACUGCGAUCGCCUCCCAUAUAACACAUACUCUCUUCCUCUUUCUCUUCGCUUCAUCAAGUAGUAGUCGUGUUCAUUAAUCUGCAUCUCUCGCUUCACGUACUUUGAAGUGGUGGUGAACUGUGUUUUGUGUCAUCGAUGGUGACCAUGUCGGCGUCGGCGGAGGCGAAGAGUCGACGGGAGAGGCGGUCGGUGGUGGCGGAGCUGGAGGGGGCGCUGCUGCGCGACGCGGCGACGUUCCCGUACUUCAUGCUGGUGGCGUUCGAGGCGUCCGGGCUGCCGCGGUUCGCGGCGCUGCUGGCGCUGUGGCCGCUGCUGUGGGCGCUGGAGCGGGCGCUGGGGCGGGGCGACCUGGCGCUGCGCGCCGCGGCGUUCGUGGCGACAGCGGGCGUGCCGCGCGCGGAGGUGGAGGCCGUGGCGCGCGCCGUGCUGCCCAAGUUCAUGGCCGACGACGUCGACCCGGCGGCGUGGGCGGCGUUCGGGUCCUGCGGCGGGCGGCGCGUCGUGGUGACACGCAUGCCCCGGGUCAUGGUGGAGCGGUUCGCCAGGGAGCACCUCGGCGCGCACGAGGUGGUCGGCUGCGACCUCGAGUACAGCCGCCUCAGGCGGUCCACCGGCUUCGUCAGGGGCGGCGGCGGCGGCGAGCGCGCGGUCGCCGAACGCGUGCGCGCGCUCUUCGCCGAUGGCGACCGGCCGGACGUCGGGAUCGCGCGGUCCGAGUCGGCGACGCGAUCCUUCUUGCCCUUCUGCAAGAAGCAACUCCGGCCGCCGUUCUGUGAGGACGACGGCGACGACGUCGCCGCCGCCGGCGAGCAGCACAAAUGCCCUCCGUUCCGGCCAGUCAUCUUCCACGACGGCCGCCUCGUGUGCCGGCCCACGCCGCUCAUGUCGCUCGUCAUCCUCCUGUGGCUUCCGCUUGGCGCGCUCGUCGCCUUCGUCCGCAUCGCCGUCGGCAUCUCCGUGCCCAUCCAGAUCAUCCCCCGCAUCGCGCCCUACUUCGGCGGCGCCGUCGUCGUGCACGGCGCCCCGCCGCCCGCCGCCGCCAGCGGGCCGGCGUCCGGCGUCCUCUUCGUGUGCACGCACCGGACGCUGAUGGACCCGGUGGUGCUCGCCACCGUGCUCGGCCGCCGCGUGGCCGCCGUGACGUACUCCAUCUCCCGCCUCUCGGAGGUCCUCUCGCCGAUCCCGACGGUGCGGCUGACGCGCGACCGCGGCGUGGACGCGGCGCAGAUGCGCGCCGAGCUGUCGCGCGGCGACGUCGCGGUGUGCCCCGAGGGGACGACGUGCCGGGAGCCCUUCCUGCUCCGCUUCUCCGCGCUGUUCGCCGAGCUCAGCGACCGGAUCGUGCCGGUGGCGAUGAACUACCGCGUCGGGCUCUUCCACCCGACGACGGCGAGGGGGUGGAAGGCCAUGGACCCCAUCUUCUUCUUCAUGAACCCGAGGCCGGUGUACGAGGUGACCUUCCUCAACCAGCUCCCCGCCGAGGAGACGUGCGCCGCCGGCAAGAGCGCCGUCGACGUCGCCAACUACGUGCAGAGGAUACUCGCCGCCAAGCUCGGGUUCGAGUGCACCACCUUCACGCGCAAGGACAAGUACCGCGUGCUCGCCGGCAACGACGGCAUCGUCAACGUCAAGCCGCCGGCGGCGGCGGAUCCGGCGCCGUGGCAGCGCCGCCUCAAGGAGGUUCUCGGCUUCUUGCUCCACUAAUCGAUCACAAAUUCACAAUACUUUCGUGGCCAAAGUGCUCUGCUCACAAGAUUAAUUUGACGAAUUUUAAUUGCGAUACCCCCCAAAAAAAUUGCGAGUUUUAAUUUACAUGCGUGUGCAUGUAUGUACGCAAAGAAAUGUAAAUGAAGACAGCAGCCACCAUUAGAUAUCAAACCUACACCUACGGUUGCUUUUCCUUGCUUUUUCUUACGAAAUUUGUUCAUGAUUCAUUUGAUUUUAUUUUUGUUGUAAUCAAACUAUACUGCUGUAUAUAUAUAUUUACACAUCCAUUAUCACAAGUUGCAUGCUCAA